AUGUCACCCCAGCCGGACGCCCAAGGAAAUACCUCACCCCCCGCAUCGGUGAGGUCGAAUGCCAGCCAUGGACUGCCCACGCCCGACGCCGAGCACGACCAAGUGACGCCCAAGAGCCUCGCGCAGACGGGCCGUUCACGCACCGCGCCCAUUGUCAACGAGAGCAACCUCUGGAAGUCGUCAAUUGACCGCCCCCAGCUCGACGAGCGCGACAGCAUCUUCGCAACCACGUAUCUCGUCUCCGACAGCCCCAUCUCCUCCCCGCGGGCCAGCGCACGCAAUGUAGAUUCUGCCAACGAUGCUCCCGAACACAGUCUGGCUGAGAUGGCAGCGCCAGCACCUCCCCAGAGGCGAUUGAUGGAUCCGCCCAUCAUACGCAGGAAGCAUUCCACCCUUCCUCCGCCUUCUUCCAUCGACCACCAAGCCGUCCUGACUACCCCCUUUAACCCCCGCGCAGCCAUUGCAGCCGGCAUGACGUUCGACGCCAUCCAUCACAGUCCUCCGCCCUACAUGAGCCCAGUCGACUCGCCCGUACAACAUCCCACCACCCCGCCACGUCCCGAGCUUCAAUACGAGGCUCUGCUGGAGAGCGAGGAGAGGCGCAGGAACAGGGAGUGGCGCGAAGGGAAGCCUGUACCAUUCAAGGGCAACAUGAUCUUGGAUCAGCCCGUCAUGGACGUGGAAAUGGAGAAGAAGAUUGAAGCAACGCUUGCCAAGACCGAACAACCCACUUCCGCACGCAGUCGAAAAGCAAGUCACUAUCUGCGUGUAUUCAAGGAUGGCGAUCCUACCGAAGAGCCGAAAAAGAAGGACAACAAGACAAAAGAGCGUCCUUCUGCUGAGAGGACCCUGUCCGCACUUUCAGAAGAAGGCUCAACCGAGACUAUCGGCCUCAUUGACCAGCUGCGCCGCGCAUCACUAGCUUCCUCCGUCGUGCAAUCACCUCUAGGCGGUCCGACUGAUUCAUACUUCGAUGCGAAAGCGGCGCCCCGCACCGAGUCAGGCGUUGCCUCUCCGCCUCCCAACGGAAGCACGCGACCAGACGCAAGUUCUCAGGACAAGCACAAAUUUCCAAGGCGUCUUCUCGAGGACAUUCGCGGCUUCGGCAACCUGACUCCUGGUGCGGACCCACGGUCUUCGUUCUCUCGCAGUCUACCCACAUCAGCUGUCGAAAAGGUUCACGCGCAUGCACCAACGAACGGAGCGACACCUUAUGACGAGCCGUCCGAUUAUUUUCAGGUUAAAGACGGAGGCGAUAAAGAACGUACGCCAGGCUCGGAGGAAGAUGAAGAAUCGGAAAAAGAACAGAUCUCUUCGGCUCUCUACUUUCCCCAUCGCCGGCUUAAGACAAGUGAGCAGGUGCCUACAGAACCACAGAACCGAGAUAGAGAGGUGAAUGCUGUCGAUAAGCGGGCUUCAACUCACGAGGUUGCGGGGCCGAAAGGGUGGGCCACAGAGAAGGAUGUUCAAACUCCACAAGAAGUAGAAAUUUCUCUAAAGGCCCAAGAUACCAAUCAAUGCCUUCAUGGUGAUAUCUCCACGGCGACUUCCUUGAAGAAAGAUAAAGAGCAGCCGCUGACCGCUCCCGAUGCGCUCUCAGCUGAAUCUGAGUCUGAGUCGCACGCCGAGUCUACUCAAUCAAAUCUUGGUUAUGAAUCCAGUGCGACUGAUGAACUAGGAACGACGCCCACUGCGACUUCGCACAAACAGGAACCUAAGGCUGCUGCGCCUCAGGUGGCUCAGCCGCCGGCCCCACUGGGUGCUGUGGAGCUGAAGCCAUACGAUCACCAAGUUGGCGGUCAUUCUACUGUUUACCGUUUCUCUAGGCGAGCAGUAUGCAAACAGCUAAACAAUCGAGAGAAUGAGUUUUACGAAACAGUGGAGCGGCAGCAUCCUGAGCUGUUGGAAUUCUUGCCAAGAUACAUCGGCGUGUUGAACGUGACCUACCGAAAAGCCCCCAAGAAGAAGAAGGUUGCCAAAGACAAAGCGAAAUCGGAUGCUGCUCCCACUGCUUCAGCGACGCAGUCGGAAAGCGCGUCAAGACAGGCUUCAAAGGCUCCCGAAGACCGGGGCAAUGCGGAACAACCUCGAGUGGUCAGCCACUCGCAGCAGAUUAUGCCCAUCCCCCAGGUCAUCUUUGAGAACAACCGGCACAUAAUCCCAGACAAUCUGUUCCGAGGAGACGUUCCGCAGAACGUGGCUGGCUCUGCGCCUACGAUAAGGAGGAACAGCACAGAUGUAGCUGGAUUGCAUCCACCACUCACAGAAGAGUCUACACGGAAACAAGUUCUCAAAGCUGAAGCGCACCGCUUCGCCUCGGAAAGGAGCGCUGAUGCUGCCGUUUCCAGCUCCCUUGGCCAGCCAGACACCACCGCCGAUGCCCUGAAGCCGCCAUCGAACAAUCUUCCUCGCCGUCGUCAUUCUGGCAGCGGACUGACUAGAAGGCCCUUGGGAAUAGAUACUGUCCAGAGACACAACCUGGAAUACUACGAAGAGGAUGGCUACGGUGGUGACGCAGAGGAAGAAGUAUUUGCUAUGGACGAGGAUCGCAAUGCCAUGUCAGACGCAAAAGAUCAGCACCGAGGCCGAUCUGUGCAGACAUCUGGCGCAACAAAUGGGUUCCAUUCCCAGAAUCCACCAGAGGGCACUAUGCUACCAGCCCCUGCCGCACCAAAUGGCAACGGCGCCCCACUGGGCGAGGAGCCUUCUAAUCCCGAAGAAGCGCAGCAACAACCUGACGAGCGCGUUCAGCACUUCAUCCUUCUGGAAGACCUUACCGCAGGCAUGUCUAGGCCUUGUGUCUUGGACCUGAAAAUGGGCACGCGGCAGUAUGGAGUGGAAGCCGAUGAGAAGAAACAAAAGUCUCAAAGACGCAAGUGUAAGAUGACAACGAGUGCCCAGCUCGGCGUACGUGUCUGUGGCAUGCAGAUCUGGAACGCCAAAACCCAAAGCUACAUCUUUGAAGACAAGUACUUUGGCCGCGACUUGAAGGCUGGCAGAGAGUUCCAGGAUGCGCUGAAGCGCUUUUUCUGGGAUGGGACAAGUUACAAAGCAGCGACAAGACAUAUUCCUGUCAUACUGGAGAAGAUCAGUCAGCUGGAGCGCAUGAUACGGAACCUUCCAGGCUACCGAUUCUACGCAAGCAGCUUGCUGAUGCUCUACGAUCGUGGGGAUGGAGAGUCAAAGGAAAAAGACGCGCAACCCUCUCUGCCCAAUGGUCUGUCGAACCCGAGCAGCGAAGAUGUCUCAGUAAUACCGUCUGGACCCACAUCACCAGGGCCAACAUCCGCCACCAAACCGACACCUAAGAAUCUCCCAGAGAUUAAGCUCAAGAUUGUCGAUUUCGCCAACUGCGUCACCGCAGAAGACCCGCUACCUGACGACUUACCUUGCCCACCCCAGAACCCGGAUGGCAUUGAUAGAGGCUACCUUCGUGGUCUACGGUCGCUGCGCCUCUACUUCCAGCGCAUCUGGCACGACAUCAACGAAGAGUGGGUCGAACGAGGCGAGGGUGAGGGUAUGGCACGCAACCAUCACCACGGCCCUGGCCUAGGUGAAGUCGGCGCGGGCUGGAUGGACGAUGCCGGUGGCGAAGAUACGGGCUAUGCCAGCUUCUAA